AUGGAUGAAUAAAGGCAAAACAAAAUCAUAUUAAAAGUAUUAUGUUCUUUAGAAUUAGAUUUUAGUAAAAUAAGCUUUGAUACAGUAAUAUUUAAUUAACAUAAAUGUGUGUUGUCUUUUGAAUGAUUACUUUUAUACCAUUGCUUUAAAUGGUUUAGCAAUAAUUUUCAUCGCUUUUGUAUAUCAUAUAGUUCCUUUGAAGAGUAGUAAGAUAAAAUACAUUGUGGAAUAUUCGUUGCUGGCUGGUGUGCAAGUAAGAAUAUAGGAGAUAAUAGAUUCUUGCUAUUUUUAUGAAGGAUUUACUAAUAUAUUUGGCAAGUUCAUUAUUAGGUUUAUCAAUUCUUUCAGUGCUAUUUAAGAUUUGCAGAACUCAGUUGAACGUUGACCAAUCACUGGGACUUUUUAAAUUAGUAAUUAUAUAUAGUUUAAUAGUUGAAAGUGUGUAGGAAUGUUGAAAUGUUUUUUAAGUUUGCAGCUUUUAUUUUUAUCACUGCAUUUAAAUUCUGUAUUGCCAUGGAGCUGGAUGUAGAUAUUUGUUAUAUUGUGGUUUAUUUUAGUUUGUGGUUUACUAUUUUAAAUUUGCAUGAUUUUGAAUUUAUUGUAUAAAACUCUGAAAAGAUUCAAUUAUUCACUUGAAAGAAGAAACAGCACAAAUUUAAAAUAUUAUGGUGGAAUUUGGUAUACAAUAUAAUUGCAUUGUCUAACAUUCAACCCAUUCUUUACUUUAUUGAACUUUUGUCUCACAAUGGACUAGAAUUUUACUAUGAUCUACCUACCGAUAAUGUGCAUAAUUGGAUGGGUAGUAAUGAUGAUUGUGUCAUUCAUUAUUCGUAAAGAAGUAAAGUAACAGUAAAUAGACAAUAAGAUAAUAUUAUUAGUAAAUUAACAAUAUGAUCCCAUAAGUUGGCACCUCCGAAAAUGAAGUGUUCAUGAAUGAGGGCAUUCCCAAGUAUCUAAUGAAGAUAUCUUCCACUUAUUUCCAAUAAACUGACAAGCCAUUUGAAAUUCUAUCUACAUCUCCUCGUAAAUCAAAUGAUGCUGAUAUGAAAUGUUUGAUAUGUUUUGAAAAUGAGAGUGGAUACGUACUUAUGAAUUGUGGACAUGGUAUUCAUAUCAAACUAUAUUUGCAGGUGGUUUAUGUCUGAAAUGUGCAUCAAAUCUUCUCUUGAAGAAUAAAGAAUGCUAUUUAUGUCGUUAACCUAUUAUGAAAGUAUUCUAAAUCUAAAAGAACAAUUUUAACUUCGUUGAAGUCAUAGGAAUUAUAGAAACAUAAUGA